CCUACUUCUUCCCUUCACAUUAAUAACUGUCUGGGAAUCAUCAGUGUCGACCACACACGUGGCGGCACGGUGCGACUUCAAGGACACAGCUUCUCGCAGUGUAUUGCAGCACGAUUCAUGUCAAGUUGGUCAAUUACUUGCAGCUCAGGGGAGUUGAAGUGACGUCUCUGUCCUGCCUGCAAUCUCCCUCCAUCCUCUCCCUCUCUCUCUCUCUCUCUCUUGUAUCACUUAAUCAAGACAUAGCUUGCCCUUUCCUGCUCGUUGCUGCUUCCCUCCCUCCCUGAUCUGCUCCCCUAUUUGUUUGUCCUCGCUUUAUUCUCUUUGGCUCUCUCCCGUCCACCCUCCUGCCUCGUGGUCCACAUCGCCAAGCUCUGCACGAGCGAGACAACAAGCAAGGACAUGUGGAAGAGAGGUCAGUGAGGAGGAUGACAACAGAAGAAUAGACGGCGGCAAAGGAGGGAUGAGAAAGAGACUGAAAUAAGAGGAGGAAGUGGAACUCCAAAGUGCCUACUGUGAGAGGUCGUCUGCCGCUGUGUGGCCGCUGGAUGAGAGCGGGACGGGGCUCAGUGUGUGUUUGGCCUUGAAUGGAGGCUAUAUUUUAUUCUGACAGCCACAGAGUCAUCCAUCCCACGUUGCUGAGCUGCAGUCUUCACAUACUCUGAGCUGAGCCGCAACCUCGUCUCAUCGCUGCAAGGACGCCAUCGCUUUAAGGUUUUUCUUUCUCAGGCCAUUCAACCACGGUGACUUCCCCAUCUUCGGCCAUGUUGACGUGAAUGUAACGGUGACUUACGCUUGGCGUCAGUCAGUUCAGGUGAAGGCACAGACGCAUGGUGACACAUGCCAUAGUGAUGUCCUCAGAGUAGCUUCUGUUUUUCCUUUUUUUUUACUCGAGACAGAGCUGGCCUCUGCUCGCAGUCCACCCCCUCUAUCUCAAACUUCAGCUGCCACUUUUCCCAGGAAGAGCUAACAAACAUCCCCGAAAAUACACCAACCAAAACGACCCGCUGCCUGUUAGGAAAAACUGAACAUAUUUCUGUUUUGCUGGGGGUUUUUUUUUUUUCACUAUUAGUCACCCUUGCUCUCACCGGACAGUUUUUCCAUCCAUCUGCCCUCGCCACCGCCGCUCAGUGUCUGCGAGCAACUCUGAUGGCUGUCAGCAUGACCAUGGGACGGGACACCAAAUGGCUGACCCUGGAAGUGUGUCGUGAGUUUCAGAGAGGCACCUGCUCGCGGUCUGAUGCCGAGUGCAAGUUCGCUCACCCCUCCCGGAGCUGCCAUGUGGAGAACGGCCGAGUCAUUGCCUGCUUUGACUCACUCAAGGGGCGCUGCACCCGUGAGAACUGUAAAUACCUGCACCCACCGCCGCACCUGAAAACCCAGCUGGAGAUUAACGGGAGGAACAACCUGAUCCAGCAGAAGGCUGCAGCGGCCAUGUUGGCUCAACAGAUGCAGUUCAUGCUUCCUGGAGCACAGUUGCAGCCCAUAACAACAUUCCCAGUGACGCCCUCCCUGGCAACGAGUCCCAGUAUGGCGUUCAGUCCAUAUCUGAGCCACAUGGGCCCAGGCAUGGGCUUGAUGCCUGAGCUGCUGCCCAGUACACCCCUGCUGGUCCCUGGGAGUCCCACCGGCCUGGCAGCCAUGGGCAACGGCACCUCCGCACAAAAACAUGUGCGCACAGACAAGCUGGAAGUCUGUCGAGAAUUCCAGCGUGGUAACUGCACGCGGGGUGAGAGUGACUGCCGCUACGCUCACCCUCUGGAGGCAGGCAUGGUGGACUGCAGCGAGAACUCUGUCAUCGUGUGCAUGGACUACAUUAAAGGCCGCUGCAGCCGAGACAAGUGCAAGUACUUCCAUCCCCCAGCUCACCUGCAGGCCAGGAUCAAGGCUGCACAGCACCAAGCCAGUCACAACACAGCGUCCGCAGGCCUGGCUCUGCCUCCAGGUGCCAUGCAGCCGCUACCAAAGAGGCCGAUCUUAGAGAAGAGCAACGGAGCUGCUGCCGCCGUCUUCAACCCCAGCAUGUUCCACUACCAUCAAGCCCUGGCUAACAUGCAGCUCCAGCAGCCAGCCUUCAUCCCCACUGUUCCCAUGAUGCACGGUGCCACCACCUCCACUGUUUCGUCGGCUUCGACCCCAGUCACCAAUGUUCCUUACGCUGAAUCUGCCGCCUCGAAUCAGACCCCUCCGAGCUCCUGACCCCUGAUCCAGUGGAGCUCCAGUGCGUUCCCAUGGAAACCCAUUACUGCCCCGUCCCCAAACUGCUGGUGGCGGCUCCGGUGGCGCUAAACUCAGUAAGCCUUUCCCGAAACCCCAGUUAAAGUCCCUGAAAUCUGCGCACUUACAGGGCGGUCAUCUUUUCUGAAUGCAGCAAACAUGUGCCUCGCCUACAGUGCACACUGACUGAGUGUGAAAGCUCUUGUGAGAUAUUACGAACGUAACAAAGCUGCGAUGACGCAAUACAAGCCUGGACGUAUUACUGUUGCUUUAAAGCAGCCAUCCUGAUGCAUACUGACUCGAUCAGGCUGAGCAAUAGAGCUCCCUCGUUCUUACAGCCAUACAUGCCCACACCUUAAAAGUGUUGCAGACACACAGACAAACACACACACACACACACACACACACACAUAAUUUAAGACUACAUGCCCUUUAUGGGUUGGAGCCAUCACAUGAGGCGACCCAACACUUUUGACUGUUCCAAAGUCAGAAACUCUGAAAAGCUGGAAAUUGAGACCGUUUGAGUGGCAAACGGACCUGCCGCCGGUCUACAACCAGUACGCGUUGUCAAAAAUGAAAGAGUGUUUCAUAUCAUGUCAUGUUUACGUUUCAAGAUGGCUACAAAUGUAACAUUUGUGUUGUACCAUUCAGUUUGUUCUCAUGGUCUCAUCUCGCCUGAUGAAAUGCCAACGAGUUGUUUGUUAAUUUGUUUGUGCCUUUGAUUUAUCUGCUCAGCUGCAGAGGAGACUUUGUUUCCCGAAAUAAGUCAAAACACUUGAAAGCAAACACUGAGAGAUGUUGGAGGCAAUACCUGUUGUUACAUAAAUACUGUGUAUCAACCUGUUGAAGAAAAUCAAGGAAUUACAGUGAUCGCCAUUUUAAAUUAACAUUGUUUCAGGAAUGUUUAGUUUGAUUUGAAUCAGUUUUCGUCCCCCGGCUUCACAGUCUUGUCUGGUAUUUACUGGAUUUAAUAGCAGCAAAGAGACUUUACUUUUCAAAAACAACAACCUCAAAUUGACAAAGUGACAUAAAAUUAGGAUACAAUCCCUUCUAUACUAAAGAGGCUGAGUUGAGAGGUUUUAAAGAAUGUGGCUCUUAAUUUGUUGAUGUAAGAAACAAACUGCCUUAAAGCAGAUGUUGACUUUGAGUGAUGCAGUAUCUUUAUCCGUGGUUGUUUCUUGGAUGUGAUGGGUAAUUGUUUAACGAUUGAAAAGGAAGGUUUGUUUGUCCCGUUUCCUCCAUGAUUUGAUAUCCAAAUAUUGUGUAAAAGAAUGACAAUCUACAGGCGAUGGGUCCUGUAGCCUCGGCUACAACCUCAGAUUUCUUGUGUUAAACUCACCUGAAAUCAAAGUAAAGACAAAAUGACGUUCUGAUAGGGCUGUAAACUUCUGGUUGAAUGGUCGAUGGUUUGGUCAAUAUGGUCUUGUUCGACCCAGUUCUCAUUGGUCGGACAAUCGCUGGCGUUACUCUAAUAAGGAUGUGUGUCCGCCAAAGUGUUUCUUUUCCCAGCUGAAAAACAGCAAUUGUUGUCGUUCAGCGCUUGAAUUUGUCCUCUGUGACAGUUGGUCUUUGUAGUGUUUGUCCCGCCCCUUCUCCACUUUGAUUGGAUGGCUUUUUUUUUUUCUUUUUUUUAAUUCAAAAACUGAUAAAUAAUCACAAAAGACAUUCUGUGUGGGAUUCAUCAAGUCUCUCUCACAUGCAGCGUUACAGAUGUUUUAAACGUUAGUAUUUUAUCGUAUAUGAGAUCAUAAACCCCAGAGUUAACUUCUGUAGUCUCCAGCAUGUCGGGUUUUUUCUCAUCAGUCCUGUUCAACACCUAGUGGUGAGAUGGGCUCGUGCAUGCAGCAGAAAAGCGUCACAGUUUAUUUUUGGUUGAUGUUACAUUGGAGAUCACAUUAAUUUUUCACUCAAACUACAAACAGGUAAUUUAAUUUACUGUAGAGCUCUGUGACAGGAAAUAAAAAACACUUUGGUGGACACACAGCGCUAACAGGUAGAGGUAGAUUUUCUUUGGUGGAUUACAGCUCUAGAUUCUGAGUCAGAUCUAAGAUUACAAACUUUUAUAAUUGGCUUUUCUUAAACUUUCACACCUGAUGUCAGAGUUAUUGCACAAGAUGGGAGCUGGAUUUGUUUCCUGAUGUUGUGCCUAAAGUCUAUGUGUGCCAAGUGGUGGUCAGUAUAUGCAAGGAGCUGCCCCCGUUAAAUGCAAUACCAGAGUGACUCCUCUCAAAGAGAUUUGAUUUAAAAAAGCAGUUUGUUUGUGUAAUUGUCUCCUUUAAUGCGGCUUUGGAUUGAAUACGUGGCACAAGAUUUUUAUGUUUUAUGGCUCUUCAGGGAGAAAGCUUAGAACUUGAAAAUGUCCUGUCUGACUUUAUAAUGUGUCGUCUUUUCUACUGAUGUGUCCUUUUUGUCAAAAGUAGUCAGACUCUGAAUAUUGCAGCCACAGCUGUUAUAGCCAGAAUUGAGUUAUGGUACAGUCAGAAGGUGAAGGAAUAAACUAUGUGUUUGAUGUAUGAUGGUUAAAAAAAAAAGGUAAACUAGUUGGGGUUUUUUUGGUUUUAAAAAAGUCUGUAAGGAAUUGCUUUGUAGGCGCGAAAAAUUGAACGUAACGGCUUUGGAAACCAGGCUGAAACCACUUUUAUCCAAAUUCAAAUGUGCCUCUUUCAAGUCUCCUCAAACCACCACUGUCAAUACACUGUAGGAACAGACCAGUGCUCAAAGAUAGAUGUGUUAUUUGGUACGUUACUAUAACAGUCAAUCACAUCUGUUAGUUUCUUCUCUGAGACAGCUGUGCUGUCUUAUCAUUUAUGUAAAGAAAUAAAUUAGUGAGUUGUGUGCAUACAUAAGUGUGUUGAAAAAGACAAUGAAUCACAUAUUUGGUUAGUUGUAAAUGCUGCAGAUAUUACGGCAUUUCCCACUGAACAUUAUUCAUUUUAAAUAAUGUUAUUGUGUCGUGAAUGUAUCUAAUGCAAAAACUCUACACAUGCCCUUCUAAAAGAGCGGCAUGUUGAAAUGUAAUAAUUCACUAUAUAUAGACUAUUUCUGAGGUCACAUAAGUACCAUGCUGAUACUGUGUUAAGACAUAUUAAAGUAUGUGUAUUGUUAUAUAGAUUUAUAUUUAAUGUCAAUGGAUGGUGUGACUACUUUUAGAAAUAUCUUUCACUCUCAGAAAAGGUAGAGCAGAAUUGUACUUUUUGAAGUACAAAUGUACAUCGUACAGGUACAUUAAAGUACCAUUUCUUGCCAGUCAGUUGUUGUAACCCUCCAUUCAAAAGUGCCCAAAAUGAGCCUAUGAAAAAUGGUAUAAUCACUGGAAAAAAAAAAGAAAAUUAGCACUCGACUCCUUUUUUUAGCAUGAUUUUUUUUUUCUCACAUUAUUCGGACUGGUCAGUACUCAUUGUACUGUCGUCUUUGUUUCUGUUAACCCCCGCUGGGAAGGCUGUAUACAUAAGUAACUGUCUAGACAGACCAUCCGGUAGAAGUUGCUUGUGCAGCGACAAGGAUGAAAUCCCCCACCAGCUUCCCACCCAUUAACACUGCCACCUGUGUUCACUGGGGGCAACUUGGAAGCGCCGCUCUCUGGGAUUGACCCUGGUUUUACCACCUUGGCGCCCCAAUAAGUGUGUGUUCAUGUUGAAUUGGUAAAAAUAUGUCCCUCAAAGGAACAGUACACUUAUUUGCUUUCUUUUCAAGUUGGAUGAGAAGAUCUAUACUGCUCUCAUGUUUGUGUGUUAAUAUGAAGCUAGAACCUGCAGCCACCUAGCCUAGCAUAAAGACUGAAAACGGGGAAAGUGCUGAACAAACCAUGGAGACAUUUUUGUUUAUAUUUUUGAGGGUACUAUAGGGGAUACAUUUACACUUAAACAGUAAAUCCGGAGUGAUUCAGAGAAUGUGUGACAGUCUUAAAUCUUCACGGUAAGGUUGCCAGGCAACCAGCACUAUAGAGAUAUACAUUCCAAAGAGAAGCACCAAGUGAAUGACACGGUGUAACUCCCUCUAAAAACACAAAUUGUCGUGUCUAUAUUUGACAUUUUUACAAAUUGAAAAUAAAAUAUGUUAAUUAGUAAACUUUAGAAGUGUUAUUAGGCAUAUGUUUCAAGUUUUGAACUACAGCUCAACCAAUACUUUUGAGUCUGAUACCUGAUACAUUAGUUUUUAGCUUUUAAAAAAAACUCAGAACGAUUCAGCAGAUAGUUUUUCGUUUUUCAACAUAAAACAUUACAUAAACAAAAUGUUUUGUUUAUUAGGUCAGACAGACUUUACAACAGAUCGAUAGCUCCCAGAAGCUGCAAAGAAACAAUGUUUUCAUUAUAAGGGUUAAAUAAAUAACACCAAAAGUUAAUUCAGGUGGCAUAUAGCUCUACAGAGAUAACAUAACUAAAUGACUGUUAGCCUUUAUCUUAUUUGGCUAAUUCAUGUCAUCUUAAAAAUAUGUCAGCAACCAACCUAUCUGUCCUUUUACAAAUCUAAAUAAGAGGGAGACAAAUCUAGCUGAUGUUGGUGACUAAGCCUACAUUAUGCUAACUCCUCUUGUAGCAAUACGUUAGCUAGGUAGUUAGCUAGCGUUUUGCCUACAUUAGCUAACGUAAGAAGUUUCUAUAUAAAAUGUAGCGUGUCCAUGAAGAUUGUGACAAUCCCAAGUCACAUCCUUUAACCAUCUUCAUUUUUUUCUCUAUUUUGAAUAAUCCUAACACUUAUUAUAUCUAGUGCCCCGUUUACACGUACACGGUUAGUUUUAGAAACGGACAUUUCACCCUCUCCGUUUUCAAAAAUAAUUCUGUGCACACAUAUCCGUUUUCAGAAAACUUUGCGUUUACACGAACGCGCGUAUGUCUGCUGCCAGGACAUUCCAAAACUGUAGGUGGCAGUGUAACGAGAAGCUGAAGCUCACGUUAGCCAAUCAGAAUCCCGAAAAUAGCAACAACAGCAACGAGUCACUUCCUCUUUCUUGUUUACAGAAAAACAUGCUCCGUUUACACGCAAAUGGGCAACCGGCGUUUUCCAAGAUCUCCACCCUGGCCGGAGUUUUUAAAAAGCAUCGUUUUCAGAGGCGAAUUCUCCGUUUGCGUGUAAACGAAGGGUGCAAACGCAGGAAUAUUUCUCUGUUUCUCCGUUUCUAAAAAUAGCAUAGCUAAGCUAACAGAAAAGGGGGAAGUUGACCAGGGUUAUUUUGGGUACCAAGCUUGCUCAAUUGUAAUUGGAGGAAAAUAUUUUGUUACCAAUUAGACAAACAUGUACACUAUGUUAUCUACAAUAAGCUGCUAUUAGCUGAAUUGUUGGUCUCGCAAUACUUUGGAUAGAACUAGGCUAACUUUUUCCCCAUUUCAGGUCUUCAUGCUAAGAAGAGCUAAGCUAAAUGUCUCCUUGUUCAAGCUUCAUAUUUAUCGCUUAGACGUGAGAUUGAUGUCAAUCUUUUCAUCAAGCCUUUCUAACAAAAACCAAGCGCAUUUCCAAAAUUCCGAAGUAUCUAUUAAAACUAUCAUUAAAUUUUUAUCUACAUGGUGGAUCAAACAUCACGUAGCCCCGUUAUAUGCUGGUUAUCGUACAUCUGUAAAGAAACUUGGCAGCCAACAGAAAUGUGCUUCUCAUUUACCCCUGCUUUUUAGUGUGUUGAGCAGCUACGUUUUCUCAAGUUUUUGAGCAGAAAUUUGAUGAAACUGAUGAUUCGAAUGUCCAGACAAUUAAGUUUGUCUUAAUCUUACAGCUUUUAAAGACUAGCUUUGUCCAGCCAAGAAAACCCCGCCCACUAGCCUUCGUCUUCUCACCCCUUCACUUCAUUAUGCCUUCACUAUCUGCUGUCCAGCUGACAAAACAAAACAAUACUUGAUUAAUAAAUUGUGCCUCUUGAGGGCAUUUGAAUUUUGAAGAAGAUGUAUGUAUUGAUGCACAAGAGCAUGUUCGUUUUCGGGAACUGCGGAGUGGCACGAGAAAAAUUAGUUUUUACCUCUUUCCCUUUCUCAUUCUCUUGUACUUGAUUUCCUUUAGGCCUCACUGUAUUUUUUCCCAUACAGACAUGAAUCAUUUCUCUGGAAUAUGCAAAAAGCUCUGAUCAUUGUGUCCAGUGACCAGAUCCUUUAGCAUGCGGACAGUUAAUUCGAUCCUGAGCAUAUUUCUGUUGCCCAGGGCACAAACAAAGGGCCUUAUUUCUUGAUCACUGUAUAAAGAUGUGAUAGGUGUGUAUGAAAGUGACAUGUAUUAAUCGUAAGUUAAGCUUCUUUUUUUUUAACUGACAUAAAAAACACAGCAUGGAAAUAAAGAACUCAUUUAUACAUAGUUAAUAGUUUGUGUAGACCAAGACAAAAGAUGUAAUAUGAAAAUCAUUUGUAUACAAUGAUGGAGUCAUUGUUAAUGGUAAUAGUUGCUGUUGCUGUGGCAACAAAACGACAACAUGGCUACCUUUCUAUUACCGUAAUUGUGAUUUUUUUCACAUUAAUUGAAAUUACAUACAUCACUAACUUAUUCAAAAAGGGAAUGUCUAAUUAGUUUGUCUUGUUAUUGCGACGUGAUUCAAUAUUUUGUAUGGAAAACUUAAAUCCUUGUAAUAUCCAAAGGUCCUUAGGGGAGAUCAGGUGUUUAUUUUGUUUUGUUUAUUUGACCUUUAUUGUUUUUUGUUCUUGUACAUGGUCUUUCUGAGAAAUAAGAAUGGACUUUGGCUUUUAAAGCAAACACCUAUCUGUCAGGAAGGUUAAAGAGGCUUUUGGACUAAUUGAAAGAUCUUCAUCUUUUUCUGUGAAAUCAAACCUCCUGCAGACGCUCAGUUUCCGGUACAGAGCUUCAUUAGUGGGUUCUGUUUCAGUUUUGGCCAAGAUGGUGGUCCAGAAGUCUCUUUCUGCCCAGCUGUGCUGGGUGAUGUCGAUCCUUGCUGAGGUGUAUACGAAUGUGUGAUGUUCACCUUGUUUGCACUUAUGUACAUAACUAUGUCAAAAUACUCAAAAUUUAUUUUGAAUAAAUAUAGAUAAAAGAGUUGAUUAAAAAUCAAAUCAAUGUAUUGUUAAUGAUAUGAGUAUGUCUAUCAUUUUAUUACAGUAUAAAAAGAUUGCUCUGAGGGAUCUGUCCUUUUGUUUGUUUGUUUGCUAGAGCCCUGUUCUUUGCCAAGCAUGACAUUGCCUAGCUGUAAACCAGGAGUGGUUUGCUUUGAAAUAGCUUUUUUUUUUUUCAUUUAACAGGAUAUUUUUGUUUCUAUCAUAUCUGACCCUAACAUAAAACAGAAGAGGUAGAUUAGAAGAAAUAGCCAGUCUGGAAUAUAUAAUAAACCAGUACUGACCUCAUCCUUUUAAGUUUAAGGGGGAACUUCACCUAUUUUUAACAUUCAUACAUGUUAUUUCAUUGGUCGAAGACCAGUCGCCCCAGGAUUUCACAUUACAGUCACAACAAUUAACACAAAAUCAGCCAAUCCCUUUGAAUCAUUUGCAACCUUGCAUUUUUUUUUAAACAAUCUAAGACGCCUAAUCUUAUUUCAUCGUCGAACUCAAUGCCUCUCUCUCUCUGAGACUACUGCUGCACGACCCGAGCUUUGUGUCUGGGACAGAGUCACACACUCACAUUGACAGGGCUAACUAUUAACAUCACACGGCUAAUGUUACCCAAUGUUUAUCAUUAACAGGUUUAAAGACAGAGUGGAGUCAUUUUAGUGUCAGUGCGAGAUUAACGGCUUGCAGAGAUGGUCCCUCCGCACCAUGUAGGACUGCAGCAACAGCUAAUUGGUGUUAAUGAGCUGUUGCUGCAAUCCCCACCCCCAGCCAUCACAAAUUACAAAUAUAUUCUAAUCUCAAAACACUGACUGUGUGACAGCAUCAGAACAAUUCAUGCAGUUUUCGCUUGCCCCCACAAUUUCAUUACAAAAAAAGGCCUAUUAACAUUGUAACUUGCAUCACAACUUUUUUUUUUAGAAAACCUGCCAUGAAAUCAGGUAUUUCAGCCUUCAACAAUGCCAAAAACAGCUUGUAAAAUCCUGGAGGGACUAUAAGACAGUCAAAAGGUAUUAGUAAACACAAACAACUCUCUACUAACUAAAAAAUAGAGUGCACAAACUCAAAUCUGUGAUGUUAUGGGGUAUAUAUUCUGGAGCUGCUCCACAGACAAUGAAAUUGGAAAGAUGUUCUAGAUGGGAAUGGGGAGAGAGGGGAAUGUUCUGAGUUUAUGGGCACAUUUUCGGUUUCAGAACUGACAACAUUACAAUAGAAUAAAGCUCGUUUUAGAAAACAAACAUUGUGUGGAUCCACAAAAUCGGGCUGUCAUUCAUUGUUAAACAAGCAGCUCCAGACUUCAUACUUGAUGAUAUCAUAUUUGAGACUUCUUUGUUUUCCGGCUUUGAGAAAGAGUAGCUCUUGUUCAUAAAUACUAACUGAACUUUCCUAGACCGAGGAAAUAAUGUAUUGGAAUUCUUAAUGUAGGUGGUGUUCCCCUUUAAUUUCUCCACACGAGUACAUGGAUGUAGGUGCAUUCCUCUUUCCAGGAAUGCACCAAAAUAAAGCACAGAUUAGCUCCACCUGCAGGCUGAAAAGCAGUCAGGAAGAAAAGAGGAGCAGAUAUUAAAACCAUAUAAUGGAGGGACAUGGAUGUGAGAUGUGUUCACAGGGUUUUAAACUCACUUUACUUUUGUCAUUUUGUGCAGUGGGUUAUUCUUUGCUCCCUUGUUGUCAUUAUCCAAAACAACAAUAAAUCUGAAUUCUCCUCAGGAUUUUAGUCCAAAUUGCAAACAAACUGGUUUUCCGAUGUUACUCUUGCAGCAGCAGCAACAUCCUUACACAACUCUGUUCCUGCAGAUUUGGACAUGUGAUGCUCUUCAAUUGCUAUUAAAGCCAACGAUUUUGUUGCCAUGGCACUUGUCCUAGCGGUGGAUUGACUGAGUCAUCCUGGUGAAUCAGUUCACAGCCCUCUGACUCCACAUGUGGAGUGAACUUAAUAUACUGUGGGUUUCCAGACACCAACAAGUGAAUAAGAUUGUGAUUUUGUUUUGAAAUUGAUUGAUUGUUGUCAUUUUAAGAUAAUUCAGUUGUAAUUGUGCCUUUAUCAUGCAAGAUGUAGUUUUCCUUUUUACGUUCUUCAUCUAAAUUGACUUAAAACAGCACAUGUAUCGAGUGUAAAACGGAUCCUUUUAUUUAAAAUCCUUUGUCGGUGACAAACUUGACUUUGUUGGUGGGUACAAUCGCAGACUGAAUGGCAACCCGUGGAAGAUGAUGAGGGCCAAAGACUGUUCAGGACUAAGCCAUAUGAAAAACUCUCUCUGACACUCUAGGACAGACUUGAAAGUGACUGCUGUUUCUUCGUCAUAUAUCGUUUCACUCUGUUUUCUGCUUGUGGUGCUUGUAUGUGCUGCUGUGCUACAUGCCAAUUUAUUUUGCAGUGUAUAGCUAUUAAGAGUAAGUUACUGUGCCUAUGAUGAGUUCUGCGAUUUCUGUUUGACCUUUAAUAAAACACAUUAUUGUGA